AUGGAAGACAAGAGGGAGUACUUCGUGGCCAGGGCCUUGGAGUCCAAGAUGUUCCACAGCUCCCGCAGAGGGCUUGUGGAUUCAGAUCAGUAUUUUGAGAUGCCUUGUGCUCUCCCAGCUAACACUUUUCAUUGCAGCUGGCUCCUGGACCUUUCUGCACAGCAUGGAGGUAACCAUUACCUGGUUGAGAACCGAGUGAAUGGGAGACGCAGUGGCAAUUCCCUUCUGGGCGGGAAUGAACAUCAACAUGAGAAUGCAUGGGAUGCCACCUUGAAGAAUUCAAUACCCCAAGAUCUGGGCAACAGGAUCAUAUUUAUCCUGGACGAAAAUGGUCUGGACCUUGACUUCAGAAUUCAGGUGAUAUGCGCUGGUUACGAGGAGGAGAUGGACAACUUCUUCAACAGCAAUCCGGGAUUCAAGUCCCGAGUGCCCUUCACCUUCUACUUUGAGGAUUACACCUGCCCAGAGUUGGGUGAGAUUGGCCAGCUUGGCCUCAAAAAGAAGGAGCUCAGGCUGCCAGAGAACAAAGACGAGUUUGACGAAGCGAUCUUCUUUGCCACGGGAUGUUGCGAGUCGCUGGACGGGUGCCCGUCCAGCCAGGACAAGGGCAACGGCCGAGCAGUUCGGAACGUCCUGGAGGCAGCAACGAGGGCCAUGGCUACGAGGUUGCAGGGCGUUCCUCCAUCACGG